AUGAAGUUAUUUCAAGCUUACUAUAUAUUUAUCUUCCUUUCAUUAAGUGUUGCAUCAAAAGAGCUUGGCCAUUACGCCAAGAAAGGGUGCCGUGAUAAGUGUGGGAAUGUUAGGAUUCCGUACCCUUUUGGAAUCGGGCCAAAGUGUGCUCUCAACGAAUGGUACGUCGUGGAUUGCAACUCCUCGACGCCAUACCUACAUGCACUCAAUUACCGCUUUGAAAUUGUAAGUGUUAGCUUGAUAAAUCAAAAAAUCACAGUUAAAACACCAAAACCAAUAUUCUCUAACUGCCAAAAUCCAGUUACGAAUAUCACUCAGAUGGACACCAUCGAUCUUGGUGGGAGCCCCUUCUGGCUCUCCCCACUACACAAUACAUUUGUUUUCGAGGGGUGUGGUAAUGCUGUAUUGACAGAUAAUGGGAGUACUGAGCUAACGGGGUGUUCCACGGCUUGUCUCAUUAACAGGACUCUUAGCGACAGAAACAGUAACUGCUUUGGCAUAAAUUGUUGCCAAACCGCAAUUCCUCGUUAUCUCAAAUCCUACAAUUUUAGCCUUAACGAGUUGGAAGAGCAGGGCGGUGAUAGAGCCUGUGGGUCUGCCUUUGUGAUGGAUACAAGUUUGUACACUAAUCAAAGCCGAUCAUCUAUUUCUAGCAGCUUGGAAGGAGAAACUUUUGUUCCGAUAUCACUUCUGUGGACUCUAUCACAGAAUGACUACGAUCGAGUCACUUGUUCAUUCUAUAGACAAUAUUUCAUAGUCCUUCUGGGUAAUGGAACUUCAUUAGAUACUUGGAAAUGCCACCUCCAUGAUUCAUACGAAGGAAAUCCUUAUUUAGAAGAGGCGACUAUGAAUGAUGUGUGUGCAAAGUGUAGAGCUGAUGGAAGCUACUGUGACAUCGAUUAUAUAUAUAACAUUGAUGAUGGUUCUGUUUACAAACAGGACUAUUCUUGUGGUAGCAAAAAGAAUGAUGAUGAAGCUGAUAAUACACUGUUGUUCGUUAGUUUAGGUUUUACUAUAAACAUAGUUGUACCAUUUGUUGUGCUAGUGAGCUGGGGAUAUUGGCACUUAGUCGGGGAUUGUAUCACGAGAAUAAAAGGCAAGAGUCAACAAGAGAGGUUUUUUAAACGCAAUGGUGGUAUAUUAUUAAAACAACAAGCCGAAGCUAACCCAUCUUUGGUUGAUAAAACCAUACUUUUCACAUCACGUGUGUUGGCGAAGGCCACUGAUGACUUCAACGAAAACAGAGUUCUUGGCCGAGGAGGUCAAGGUACGGUGUAUAAGGGGAUGUUAGCGGAUGGAAGGAUUGUGGCAGUCAAAAAAUCAAAGGUGGUUGAUGAAAGCCAAUUAGAGCAUUUCAUCAAUGAAGUGGUCAUUCUUUCACAAAUCAAUCAUAGGAACGUGGUCAAACUUUUGGGAUGCUGCUUAGAGACAGAGGUUCCUAUGCUAGUUUCUGAAUUCAUCUCAAAUGGGACCUUGUAUGGUAGCCUUCACAGUGAUAGUGACGAGUUCCUUUUUACAUUAAAUAUGAGGUUACAAAUAGCUAUAGAGGUUGCAGGAGCACUUGCUUACUUGCAUUCAGCAGCAUUAAUUCCAAUAUACCAUAGGGACAUCAAAACCACUAACAUACUCUUGGAUGAAAACUACAGGGCCAAAGUCUCUGACUUUGGAACUUCAAGGUUGGUAUCAAUCGAUCAGACUCACUUGACUACCUUGGUAAAAGGUACGUUUGGCUACCUAGAUCCUGAAUAUUUCCAAUCCAGCCAAUUUACCGAGAAGAGUGACGUUUAUAGUUUUGGAGUUGUUUUGGUUGAACUGAUAACCGGAGAAAAACCAAUAUCUGUAGCUAGAUUUGGAGAACACAGAAAUCUGGCCACACACUUUACGUGUGCUAUGGAAGAAGGGCGUGUUAUGUCUAUUCUUGAUGCAAAGAUGAUUAAAGAGGCUAAUGGGGAUGAACUUCUUCUAAUAGCUAACCUUGCAUUGCAAUGCUUGAAUCCGAAUGGAAAGAAUAGGCCAACAAUGAAAGAAGUAUUUACAGAGUUGGAAACCAUAAGAACAUCACAAAUUCCAUCAACGGUUCAACCCAUUGUCGAUAACGUUAUAUAUGGGGAGGAAUUAUCUCAGCAGCCAUAUGGUGAAUCAACAUCAACAUCCUUGAGUUGGGAUAGUAUUAGUCAUAUAGGUAGAUAGUACAGUAUGUAAUUAGACUUUAUGUAAUCAUAAG